GCGGGCCCCGCCCUCAGCUCGCGCUUGCGCGUUGAGCUCUCGCCCCUCCCCUCCGUAGCGGAAGUGGCUGGGCCGCGCCAGUUCCGCCUCGGCGUUGUUCGCUCUGGACAAAAUGGCGAAGAUCGCCAAGACCCACGAAGAUAUUGAAGCACAAAUUCGAGAAAUUCAAGGAAAAAAGCCUGCUCUCGAUGAAGCACAAGGAGUAGGCCUUGAUUCCACAGGAUAUUAUGAUCAAGAAAUUUAUGGUGGCAGUGACAGCAGGUUUGCUGGAUAUGUAACUUCUAUUGCAGCAACUGAAUUAGAAGAUGAUGAUGAUGACUACUCUUCUACAAGUUUGCUUGGCCAGAAGAAGCCAGGGUACCAUGCUCCGGUGGCAUUGCUUAAUGACAUACCGCAGUCAACUGAACAGUAUGAUCCCUUUGCAGAACACCGUCCUCAAAAGAUUGCAGAUCGGGAGGAUGAAUACAAAAAGCACAGGCGGAUGAUGAUAAUUUCCCCUGAGCGCCUUGAUCCUUUUGCAGAUGGAGGGAAGACACCAGAUCCUAAAAUGAAUGCCAGAACAUAUAUGGAUGUUAUGCGUGAACAGCAUUUAACAAAAGAAGAGAGGGAAAUUAGGCAACAGCUAGCAGAAAAAGCUAAAGCUGGAGAGCUUAAAGUCGUCAAUGGAGCCUCGUCUCAGCCGCCUUCAAAACGCAAACGGCGUUGGGAUCAGACAGCUGAUCAGACUCCUGGUGCUACACCUAAAAAACUAUCCAGUUGGGAUCAAGCAGAGACUCCUGGACAUACUCCCUCUCUGCGAUGGGAUGAAACUCCAGGCCGUGCAAAGGGCAGUGAGACUCCUGGUGCCACCCCAGGCUCAAAAAUAUGGGAUCCUACUCCCAGUCAUACACCAGCAGGAGCUGCAACACCUGGACGGGACACACCUGGUCAUGCCACACCAGGCCAUGGAGGUGCCACAUCCAGUGCACGUAAAAAUCGAUGGGAUGAAACACCUAAAACAGAAAGAGAUACUCCGGGACAUGGCAGUGGAUGGGCUGAGACUCCUCGUACAGAUCGCGGUGGUGAUUCAAUUGGUGAGACACCAACUCCAGGAGCAAGUAAAAGGAAAUCACGAUGGGAUGAAACGCCUGCUAGCCAGAUGGGUGGCAGCACUCCUGUUCUGACACCUGGCAAAACACCCAUUGGUACCCCGGCUAUGAACAUGGCAACUCCUACACCAGGUCAUAUAAUGAGCAUGACUCCUGAACAGCUGCAGGCUUGGCGUUGGGAGAGGGAAAUAGAUGAGAGAAACAGACCACUUUCUGAUGAAGAAUUGGAUGCCAUGUUCCCAGAAGGGUAUAAGGUUCUUCCCCCACCAGCUGGUUAUGUACCUAUUCGCACUCCAGCUCGCAAACUUACAGCAACUCCGACGCCUUUGGGUGGUAUGACUGGAUUCCACAUGCAGACAGAAGACAGGACUAUGAAGAGUGUCAAUGAUCAGCCCUCUGGAAAUCUUCCAUUCCUAAAACCAGAUGAUAUCCAAUACUUUGAUAAACUGCUGGUUGAUGUUGAUGAAUCGACACUGAGUCCUGAAGAACAGAAGGAGAGAAAAAUAAUGAAGUUACUCUUGAAAAUAAAGAAUGGCACACCUCCCAUGAGAAAGGCUGCGUUGCGACAAAUUACUGAUAAAGCUCGGGAAUUUGGAGCAGGGCCGUUGUUUAAUCAGAUUCUACCUCUGCUGAUGUCACCAACUCUUGAAGAUCAAGAACGUCACUUGCUUGUCAAAGUCAUUGACAGAAUUCUCUACAAACUGGAUGACUUGGUCCGACCAUAUGUACACAAGAUCCUUGUCGUCAUUGAACCACUGCUGAUUGAUGAAGACUACUAUGCCAGAGUGGAAGGCAGAGAAAUCAUUUCAAACUUGGCUAAGGCUGCUGGUUUGGCAACAAUGAUCUCCACAAUGCGACCUGAUAUUGAUAAUAUGGAUGAAUAUGUCCGAAAUACCACAGCUAGAGCCUUUGCUGUUGUUGCCUCUGCUUUGGGCAUUCCUUCUCUGUUGCCCUUCUUGAAAGCUGUCUGUAAAAGCAAGAAGUCCUGGCAGGCUAGGCAUACCGGCAUCAAGAUUGUACAGCAGAUUGCUAUUCUUAUGGGUUGUGCUAUCUUGCCUCAUCUCAGGAGCUUGGUUGAAAUUAUCGAACAUGGUCUGGUGGAUGAGCAGCAGAAAGUUCGUACCAUCAGUGCUUUGGCUAUUGCUGCUUUGGCUGAAGCAGCUACUCCCUAUGGUAUUGAGUCAUUUGAUUCUGUUCUAAAGCCUUUAUGGAAGGGUAUACGUCAACACAGAGGAAAGGGUUUGGCUGCCUUUUUGAAGGCUAUUGGUUACCUGAUUCCAUUGAUGGAUGCAGAGUAUGCAAACUAUUAUACCAGAGAAGUCAUGCUAAUCCUUAUCAGAGAGUUCCAGUCUCCUGAUGAAGAGAUGAAAAAAAUUGUGUUGAAGGUGGUAAAGCAGUGUUGUGGUACAGAUGGUGUUGAAGCAAACUACAUUAAAACAGAGAUCUUGCCACCAUUUUUCAAACACUUCUGGCAACACAGAAUGGCAUUGGACAGGAGAAACUACAGACAGUUGGUUGAUACAACAGUGGAGCUGGCAAAUAAAGUUGGAGCAGCAGAAAUUAUUUCUAGAAUUGUGGAUGAUCUGAAGGAUGAGGCAGAGCAGUACAGAAAAAUGGUCAUGGAAACAAUUGAGAAGAUAAUGGGAAAUCUAGGGGCAGCAGACAUUGAUCAUAAGCUGGAAGAACAACUUAUUGAUGGUAUCUUAUAUGCCUUCCAGGAACAGACCACAGAGGAUUCUGUGAUGCUGAAUGGCUUUGGCACAGUGGUCAAUGCUCUAGGCAAAAGAGUUAAACCCUAUUUGCCACAAAUCUGUGGUACGGUUUUGUGGCGUUUGAACAACAAAUCAGCUAAAGUUAGGCAGCAGGCUGCUGACCUGAUCUCUCGUACUGCAGUUGUCAUGAAGACUUGUCAAGAGGAAAAACUGAUGGGACACUUGGGUGUUGUGCUGUAUGAGUACCUGGGUGAAGAAUAUCCUGAAGUACUGGGCAGCAUACUCGGAGCACUUAAGGCCAUUGUGAAUGUUAUAGGUAUGCACAAGAUGACACCACCAAUCAAAGACCUGCUGCCACGACUUACGCCUAUUUUGAAGAACAGACAUGAGAAAGUACAGGAGAAUUGUAUUGAUCUUGUUGGGCGUAUUGCAGACAGGGGUGCAGAAUAUGUUUCUGCAAGAGAAUGGAUGAGGAUCUGCUUUGAACUGCUUGAAUUAUUAAAAGCUCACAAGAAAGCUAUCCGAAGAGCCACAGUAAACACUUUUGGUUAUAUCGCAAAAGCUAUUGGACCUCAUGAUGUACUGGCUACACUGCUAAAUAACCUGAAAGUACAGGAAAGGCAGAACAGAGUAUGUACUACAGUGGCAAUUGCUAUUGUAGCUGAAACAUGCUCACCUUUCACAGUGCUGCCUGCACUCAUGAAUGAAUACAGAGUUCCAGAACUGAAUGUCCAGAAUGGUGUGUUAAAAUCUCUUUCUUUCCUGUUUGAAUACAUUGGAGAGAUGGGAAAAGAUUACAUUUAUGCUGUUACACCAUUGCUUGAGGAUGCUUUAAUGGACAGAGAUCUUGUACACAGACAAACAGCAAGUGCUGUGGUGCAACAUAUGUCUCUUGGUGUUUAUGGAUUUGGCUGUGAAGAUUCUCUUAAUCAUUUGUUAAAUUACGUAUGGCCUAAUGUGUUUGAAACCUCUCCUCACGUCAUUCAGGCAGUUAUGGGGGCUCUGGAGGGCCUCAGAGUUGCUAUCGGUCCCUGCAGAAUGUUGCAGUAUUGUUUACAGGGUUUGUUUCACCCUGCCCGCAAAGUCAGAGAUGUUUAUUGGAAGAUUUAUAAUUCAAUCUAUAUUGGCUCACAGGACGCUCUGAUAGCACAUUAUCCAAGAAUCUAUAAUGAUGAAAAGAACACCUACAUUCGUUAUGAACUUGACUACAUCUUAUAAUCUUCUUGUUCAGUUGUUUGUGUUUAAUGCACAGCUGUUCUACAAUUAAACUUGCUUCAGAUUUGAUGAUGUAAAAUUUUAAAAUAUUGGAGAAUGGUAUAGAGAGGGUCAGAGGCAGAGCUAGAAAUCCAGUAGCAUGAUUUUUUAAAUAUGUCCUUGUUUUUUGAUGUUUAACAGUUAAAGCCAGUAGUGACCAAGAACACAGUGAUUACAAUGUACUGGAGGGAUUUCAUUUUGGAUUCAUCUUUAUGAAGAUUUAGAUUUCAUUCCUUGUGUUUAAAGGGGAUGUUUAUUUGAGAAAUAAACAUUUGUGUAUAAAAACUAAUUUGUGUGUGUUUUUUGGACAGGGGGACUUGUAAAAUGAGUCUCUUUGAUAGAUUAAGUAUUUGUUCAUGUAAAAAUAGGUGGCAUAAAACAUUUUAACCCUUUUUGUCAUCCCCCAGCUUUUGAAUAAAUAAGAAAAACAUACAAACUGUA